CUACAGCCCUGCUUUCAAGCAAGGAACACAUUUCUAAUUUUUUAGGAUUUCAUGGUGGACCUAUAUGGAGCUUGAGACUGGUUCAUAAGCUUGUGUCAUUUUAGUCAUAAAUGUGCAUUUACACUGUAAAACAUCGGAUAUUUAUAACUGCCUACAAUCUAAAUAUUCCAGUUGAUGGCCAGAUUCUGGUGUUUUAGCCUAUUGUUUUACUGGUUUUGAUUCAGUGAUUGUUUGAUUCAAAUUAAUUACUUUGCACCGUGAAAUUACGAUAAUAUGAAUUAAUGAAUGAUGGAUUUCCCAAUGAAAAACACAGACGUUAAGGCUUUGUGAUUUUGGCCGAAUGGCAAAUGUUUUUCAUAUUUUGGGAGGUCCCUUCUCUUUGCCGUCUAUGGACUGUUUGUUUCCACAGCCAUCCUACCCAAAUAGCAGCUGACUGUAUAGCGGAUCAGGUGUCGGCUACAGAUCAGCUGCUGGGCUAUCUGGGUAACCAAUCCAACUUGUGUAAAAGGCUGUUUCCGUUAGGGCGAUCCUUUUAUCCAAACACCAAAAUACAAUGGUGUUGCCUGAUGAUUGAGGUUCUAAAAAUAUUCUUUAUAUCAUGCACAGGUGGAAUUUCUUUUAUGAGUCAUCCUGUGACCAACAAGUCUGAUUCACACUAGAGUCAUACCUCUCUCUCCCUACUCUCCAUCGUUUAAUUGAGUGAAAUGAACCUUCAGACUCAGAGCACCUUGAUUUCGGAACUUGUUUAUUAUGUACCAGUACAAGCCAACCAGAACGCUGAGAAUGAAGUGAAACUCAGAUCGGCCAAUCGGAAGCACUACUUGCGAUGAAUGGCGGGUCACGAAUAUUCCCAGCGCAGAAAACAACCAAUAGAACAAAAGUAUGUACAGUGGUAGCAGCUCUUGCCUACUAGGUUGUCUGGAAUCUGAGAGCAACUUCUGGGUUCAGAAGACUCGUCAAACGGAAAAUACACUUUUUGUUCACUGGUGUAUGAACGCAAUUUGUUAUUUUCUUCCUAUCGAGGGACAUGAAAAAGAAGCUUGUCCUCUGAAUCUGAGGACCAAAACAAUCCUUACUUUGAAGCAGCUGCUUUCUCGCUAGUUAGCCACUGGCUAGCUAGCCAGUUGGCCACUAUUAGCUGCUGACGGAACAAGCUAAUAAGGAAUUUGGCUGCAGCAAAGCUCGUCAGCAUGCGGAUAGUAGCAGACGAUGGAGGGAUCCUAUAGAAUGAAUGUGAGAGAGUUGUGCGAAACCGAUGACUUGGCCACUAGUCUGGUGCUGGAUCCCUUACUGGGGUUCAGCACCCACAAGAUGAACAUCAGUCAGCCUCCAGAGAUCAGGCGCUGGGGCUACCUCAAGGAGACGUUGCUUCGGUUCGCUCGCACGCAGGACUUCCAGCCUACCUUCGAGGCCCUGCUGGUCGGGGACUGGGCGAGCGGCUACUUCACUGGCCUGGGACCACACCGGCUGGAGCUCCUGAGGCAGCAUGUCUACCGCUAUCUGAAGUCCUUCCUGCUGGACAGUGGAGUUCAGAUUGAGUCUUGCGAUCGCUACUCGUCUGAAACAAACGGGGCCAAGAUCACGUCCACACGACACUGGUCUGUGGGUGAGCGUAUGGAGGUGCUGCAGGGCUGCAUCGCUGAGCUCAGUCCGUCUGACAGCGCCGUGCUGAGGGCCGGCGUCAAUGACUUCAGUGUCAUGUACUCCACUCGCAAGCGCUGCGCUCAACUCUGGCUGGGUCCGGCUGCCUUCAUUAAUCACGACUGCAGACCAAAUUGUAAGUUUGUCCCUGGUGAGAGGAACGGGGCGUGUGUGAAAGUGGUCCGACCCAUCUCUCCUGGGGUGGAGAUUACCUGUUACUACGGUGAUAGCUUUUUUGGCGAGAACAACGAGAUGUGUGAAUGCUUCACAUGUGAAAGGAGAGGCGAAGGAUCAUUCAGGCACAGAGAAACAUUACAAGAGCUCGACGACCCCAGCGAUCCAGCAGGGCAAAAAUACAAAUUCAGAGAGACUGAUUUACGUCUCAGUCGAGAGAAAGGCAACAGCACGCCCAAGCCUAUUCCAACUGCAACAAAUACAGCUCUCCCCUUGAGGAAUUCUUUGUCCCAGCGGAUGAAGAGAGACGCAACAGCGCUGAGCAGGAGGCUGACAAAGACAAGCAGAUGGAGGAGGGUGGAGCGACCGAGGCAAGACCAGAGGGGAGCCUCCCUGAGUGAGCAUAACCUGUUGCUGCACUCUCUCCCUCACAUCCAGCUCAAGGACCUCAGAGUCCACCUGUACCAGCACAACGUUGAAUUUCUGCUAAGCUGUAAGGACCCUGGUGGCAGAGAGAGGGCUAUAUUGGACCAGAUUGAAAGGAUUAAACCGACACAUCACGAAGGAGAGAAGGAAAAUCGGUCAAUUUCCACGGGGACCACACAGACAGAGAUGGAUGAGAGUAAAGAGGGGGAUGCAUCAGAGAGCCCCCGCGCACAGGAGGCAAACCUGGCGGACGCUUCAAACCAGGAGCAGCACACUUUGGAAUCUAUGUCCAUACUUUCUACUGAUAAACAUGAGCAGCAGUUAACAGAGGAAGAUGUAGGCGAUCAGCCCAAAACCGGAACGAAGGAGUCCCAUCCUACCAUCCCUUCAAGGACCAGGAGCGUACCCAACAAGCGUAGCAGACGUAUCAGCGUUUUCUCCAAACUGAGGAUGAAGAGAAGAGCUUUAUCAAAGGCCAAUGGACUACCCAUAGGAUCGGAGGCGGGGACGAGUUGUGAUGUUCCUGAUCUCAGUGAUUCAUUACCAAGUAGUGAGGCUCCUCUGUGCAAUGAAACUAAUCUUGUUGGCAACGAGCGCCGUAGCAAUGAAAGGUGUCAUAUUGCCCCAAAGCCAUCCGGGAACUCCACGGGGCAUGAACAAAACAGCAGCCAUACUAAUCAUCCUCCACCUGUCAACCAUGGCCUGUCUCUGAAAGCAGGGCUGAGAUAUUACCCAACCGUCUGUCUGGUUAGGGUGAGAACUGCUGGGAAAGAGGGAGCAGGGAGGGAGAGUCAGACAGAGACAGAGAAACAGGGAGAGAGGGUGGCAAUGUCCUUCCACGACACAAAAAGGACAGAUGGCAGUGAUAUCAACACAGCUGAAGGUAAGAAAGGGGUGAGGGAGCUGUAUUUUUCUCCUAUAACUGUAGGUGGUGUAGAUAAAGCUUUGAAAGUGAUGUUUAAUUUAACCGACAGUGCAGAGACAGACAUGAAAAACAUUGUGUUACCACAGGUCAAGGAGCAGGUUGAGGCUACUGAUAAGCUACAAACUGAAGUGGCAACAGCAAGUCAUAAUGACUCUAUCUGUACGUUCCCAACUAACUUGGACAAAGUUUCCAAAAAUAUGGGCAAAAAUAAUUCAGAAUUUGAAAAAACAAAAGAGGAAGUAACAGCUGUUGACAGCAAUAUGAAGUCCAAUAAGAGAGCUUCUAAACGUAGGGGCAACAUUAAAAAAGCAGAGGGCAAAACAGAAAUUGAGAGCAGAGUAGUUGCGGUUCCAGAUAUUCCAGACGUAACUAAGAAUGGAGAUGAAGUUACAGUUAUUGGUAGCGAUGCGAAGGCUGAUAAAGUUACAGGUAUGACAAAUGUAAAGAAAUCAAUGGCGGAAACAGACACUGAGAGUGACAUUGUUACAGACUUGAAAGCAGACGUGAAUAUAGCAGAGGAUAGGGCAGUACAUACCAUUCAACACAUUGAGAGGAGUGUUAAAACAGGAGAUAAACUGACAAAUAGUGAUAACAACGUGAAGGCUGAGAAGAACGGCAGUUUAAACAAAGCAGAAGAGAAAACCGACACUGAGAAUGAGGCAAUUAAGGAUCAGAAAACGGAUAUUCAUUUAUCGGAAGAAAGGAAAGUGAGUACGAUUUCAGACAUUAAGAACGCUGAGAAAGGAGGGAAAGUGAAGGCAGAUGAUACAAACCUGAAGGCUGAUGAGAGUGCUACAAAGAUGAAUAAUAAGCCCAAUUAUGAAAAGGUAAUGGGAACAGAACAUAAAGUGGUAACGGAGGUGAAAAUGGACGAGAAUAUUGUGGAAGGAAAGAGAGGAUGUAGAAGUACAGAUAUUGUGAAGAAUACAAAGAAAAGGUGGAACACAAAAGCAGUGCAGAAAAAAGAAACUGAGAAAGAGGUAGUAGUUGGGAAGAGACCAGGUAUGAUCAAACAAAUUGAGACCAGAUCUAAUGAGGGGAGUGAAACAACAGCUGCUGAUGACAACAUGAAGGCAGAUGGAGCGGCUGCAGCUAAGGGCAGCAGUGUGGAGGGAAAGAGAGAAGACUCAUCUGCAGAAAUAGAGAAAACUUUAAAUAUUGAAGGAAAAACACCAGAAACUGAGAAUGCAAAGAAACAUGAGAUAUCAGACAGUCUUAAAGCCACAGACAACCCUGAAAAGUUGGAUAAUGUGAGAUGGGAAGGACUUCAUACUCAAAUUGAUGAUCGAGAGCCUAAUAAGAUACGUUUUCCUUUGAGUAAUGGAAGCAAUGCAUUUGUCAUCAGAGAUAUAAGGGUUACCUUGUCUGAUGCUUUUAAGAACUUGAAAGAUGAAUUGAAGAGAAGUGCACUGAGAAGAAGAAGUAAAUCUCUAAAUCCACACCUCAACAAACAGAGGAACCUGCACCGACAAAACAUGAUUAAAGAACACAUUAAGAAAUUGAUAGCACUUGAUAAGGAAAAAAGGAAAGAAGAAAAGAAAGACCAAGACACAGAGUCGACUAAAGCUAAGGUGGAUUGCCGAAAUGUGUUAACUCCAGUUUGUAUAACCAGUGGUUUAGACCGAAAUACCUCACCAAAACACCCAAAUGAAACCUCUACAGCAAAACAAGGAUCCUCUGAAUUGCUCCCGCUGCGCUCUGCUCCUGUAGUGUCAACAAAGGACCACUCACCUCUAACUCAAAUACAAACUAAUAUUCCUUUGAAGAAAAGGCUGUUCAGAGAGUCAACUGAACCAGAAGUGAACGUCACAGCACGUCUGCCACCUAAGGAGCCCUUAUGGAAACGGAGUGAAGAUGGAACAGAAGUGCAGCAGUCAGUUUCCUGCUCAAGUUCAAAAGCAGGGUGUGAGAGUUCUGAGGCCAGAGGCCCCGAGAGCCUGAAUGCACAAAUACAGAAAAAAGUUCUCAAAAAAGCUUGCGCAAAAGAAAACAAAAGAGAUUUUCCACCAGAUAACAAACAAGAUGAGUUUGAAAGUGGACCAAAACCCAUGAUGGAGGAAGAUGCAACAGUGAACAUGGUUGAGGAGAAACUAAAUGAUAAACAAACAACAGCGUUUGAAGGUGAGAGUGGAUACAAAACUACACAGCCAGUUUUAGAGGAGGUGAGGAAUGAAGGAGAAAAACCUAAAGACACUCGCACAGAAUUGUCAGCUUUUGAACAGGAAGAGGACUCCCUAGAGAGUCCCCGGCAAAGUACAUGGGUAAGUGAGGUCAAACAGGCCAAAACAGAAGAAAAAAAAGUUUCUCCUCAGAAUGAACUUUCCGUCCAAGAAAACAUUCUCAAGAAAAAGGAUCAUGUUAAAGAAGAACAAGAAAACAACUUGAGAAUCCGUCUAAAGAGAAAGAGAGGACAGGGGUGGGUGAUGGAGAGGGCAGAGUUAGAGGGUGCAACAGAGAUUCAAACAAAACCAUCUGAUUCACCACCUGAUCCAUUACUCGCAGACCCCUUUAAAGCCAUAUUGGAUUCUGUUUCAGUUUUAAAUGUAGAAAUGUCGAAAGGAGAGAGGCGUCCACAGGAGGCUGAAAAGUGUCUUCAAUUAGAGCAAACUGCAAAGGCAGGUCAAGCUGCAUGGGAAAUCUGUACAAAGAAUGUCCACUCCAAAUUGAAGAAGAAGGAGGAAACCUCUGAUGGCAUGGAAAGUAAUGCACAGCCAAAAGGAGAUUUUAUGGGUUAUUCUAGCAAAAUGUUGAAAGACAAAAGGUUUUUUGAUGAGAUGGAGCAGUGGCUGAUGGAACAGACGGCUGGUGUCAAGGUUGAGUCAGUUGACAGCGAUGCACAACCCCUUGCUCCCAUUCGUCUUUGUAGAAAAACAAAAGGCUGGGGGAUAGUAGAUGGCAUAGGAAAACGCUUGCGUAAAGGCAGGAGGAUGAGAGGGCCAUUAAUGCGGUCCAAAAGUCACCGGGCAACAGAACGUCACCGGGCCUCCUCAGAGUCUCUAAUCAAUGAAGUGCCUUUUCAUAAAGUUAAAGAGGAAUUUCAGUCUCCAUGCCAGCAGCUCAAGGAGUCAUGCUGUAACAUGUCAAGGAGGGUGAAAUCUUCCCGGUCAGAAAAUGUUCCCCUUUCCCUGUCACUUUCACCCCUUUCUCUCAAUUCACCGUGUUCUGAUGUUACAGCUGAGGAUAUCUGCCUCAGUAGUUACCCAAAUGUGAAGGAAAUAUUAGGAGAGAAGAGGGUGGCAGAAGUCGUGAGCAAGAAAAGGCCAAAGAAGGACCUAGGCAUGAGAGAUGAGUUUGACCCAACACAAAACAUCUGUCUCAGUCAUAACCUGUUCCAGAUUAACAAAAGUCUCUCCAGACUCCAAGCGUUAAAUGAAAUUGACAAAACUGCUUUAUUUGACAACAGUGAAACGGUCUCCUGUCAAGGCCAACAGAAACCCCAGUCUCCAUUGCUUAUUUUUCCAGACAAGUCCCCUUGCUCAGAUUUUGGUUUUGGUAAUGCUGAUGAGUUGAUCGAAUGCUUGAAUCUGGAAGGGUAUUACCCUGAUAAUUCUCAAAGCAACCUUCCUAACUCCUUCUCAGAUUUUUGCCAAGGGGAACCUCCUAACACAGGGAUCAUUUAGUAGCCCCUUUUCCCAAAGCCCAUCCGAAACCUGGAACCCAGAGACCCCUUAUAUUGGCUCUCCAAGUCCCUGCGGUAGUUUUAGCCCCCCUAAUGAUUUUGUUUUCCCUGACCUCAAUCUCACCAAAAAUAUAACUCUCCUUAGUGGACCUGACUUGUCUUCCAAAGAAAAGACGUUAAGCAACACUGAUUUUAACUUCUCCUCUAAAGAUGCGGAAGGAGCUCCGUUCUCCUUUGAUUUCACCAUGGCUAAAGCUCCAACCACUAAGGACGUCCCAAAACCUGAGCAUCUCAUGGAAUCAGAUAAAAAUCAGUGGAACCACAAAGAUUCAUUUAUGUUCAGUGGUGCCCCUUCAUCUGACAGGCACUCACAACCCCAUGCUACUAGUUCUCAGGCUCAAGGGGUGGAAUCCAUUAUCCCAGGCUGCAGUUUUAACUCUCGGACAGAAUUUGCCAAAGUUCAGCCCUUUUCCAUGGAGAGAACCCAAGGCUCUGUUCAUUCUCUGACUGCAAAUAGAAAUCAAUCUGUUGGUCCAAGCCAGGCAUCUGUAGCAGGCAUGUACAAUUUGGGAGCUUUCAGUCAGCCUCUGAAGCCUUUCCACGCCCCUCUUUUGGGUAGUAAGUCCAACAUGUACCCACACAAGGUUAUUGGUUCUGUAGAUGCGUUUCAUCGCACUUGUGAUAAGACCUCACUUUCCCAAAGCUCUAAUCCAAUCAAGAUAGAAAGUGGCAAACAAAAUCUUAAUUUUUGCAGAGGCAACAUGGCUGCUGAAAGGGCUGAUUUUGCCACCAAGUUUCAAAGCACUAAACACAGUAGUCCUAAUCCCUUUUCAAGUCAAUUAAGCUUCAACCUUCCAAGUUCUCUAACUGGCAGUCAUCAAGGCGGGGAUCACAGCCAUACCCUUGGAAAGGCAAACGACUGUCCAAACACAUCCAGCUCAUCCCAAGCUGACCGAGUGCAUCCCUUUUACUAUGUGACUUCAAGCAAGACAUCCUCCAGUGUGCUUCAGAAUGUUACCUCAAAUAAGGCACAGGACAUAGGCAGCGGUUGUCUUACUAAGAACAUUUCCUCACAGAAACCAUUCACUUUUAACCAAAGCCCCCAGUGCCACAGUUUACCUCUUGGCAAAAGCAUGAGCCAUGGCAAACCCCAUGCCAUGGUGGCACCCACUCAGAAUCUCCACCUGAAUUGCAGUGAAUCUUCAUUUUCUGCUAAUAAACACCAGCCUGGUUACCCUCACUGUGAUCCUGUGGACUUUGCUUUUAGUUCAGCAUUCUCCACAGACGUUUCUCAGCAGAACGGUCCUCAUGUUACCCAAAGGGUCACUCCUGAGCAGGAGAGACAGGCAAACAAAUCUCAGACAUCCUCUUUGGCCUGUAGUACUCAAGCCCAUCCUCCUUAUGUGGUUAACUUCACUGGUGAUCACUCUGUGACGCUGGGCUACGGUGAGGACGGUGAAGGCUUAAACUACUCUGGGGUUCCAACCCCAAAUUACACCUAUCAUUGUCUCAUGGAUCCUUCUGGAACCCAGGGCAGGUUGGUUCUAGAGCCUUGUGGCCUUUCCUCAAACAAUUACUCAUCUUCUCCCUCUGUGGGUGGCUUUCCAGGGUCAAAGGGCCAAGGUGAACAGACCAGGAAGGACCCUCAGCAGCAAGAACAGCCUGGGAGCCGCCCUUUUGUUUCCCACCACUUUUCAACCUCUUCUCAUUCUCUUGGAACCUCUCUGUCAGAUCGUAAGCCUAAAAGGCUCAGACUUGUGGUCACUGAUGGUACUGUGGACCUGGACCUCCAUUACACUGACUGAUGCUGGUUCAUCUGGAGGCCAUGGAUGCUUCUGAGUUUUCAAAUGUUAUUUAUUAAUGUUCAUGUCUGUCUUGCAAAAAAGGUCAUUUAAAAUAAUUAUACAUGUUCAUUUGGAUGUUUUUACAAUCUUUUCUAAUGUCUGGUCAAUAUCUUUUUCUUUUCUUUUUAAAAAAAAAAAACAAACCAAAAUAAGCUUUUUGGGUAUCUAAUUAUUUUAAUGUUUUUAAUCAACAGUUAACAUAUUUAAGAGGAAUACGUUAUAAAUGGCUAAGGUCAUGUAAUAUUACACUGUAAAGCUCCAGGGUUGUUACUCACUGGUUGAAUAUCUUUCUGGUUUGAACAAAAUAUUGGUUGUGAUGCUUUUUUUUGUAUGGGAUUGUAACAAGUAUUUCAUUUCUAUUCAAAUUCCCCAGUUCUAUCCAGACCUAAUGUUCCUAACUCUAGGCUGUCAUAGCUGCCUCUUGCCACAGGGUGGGGUUGCACUCUAUCUUUUCAAUGCAUUUAAUUCAUUUUAGAAUAUUGUGGGGAAUGUUCAUCAAAGGAUGUUUGUGUGUGUACAUGUGCGUGCGUGUAUUUUGCAUUCAUCACACUCAAAAAGACGGGGGGAAAUGAGCUCUCUAACAUGAUUUUGGUAUCUUCCUUGCCUUGCCAAAUUGUAUUAAAGUGAGUAGUCAGUGGUGCGUAAAAUGUUGACCUACACAGAAACUCUGUACGCGUAGAACAUCUCCAGGUUCCAAGGCAAGUCCACCAAGAGUAACUCUGAACAGCUGAUUCUCUGAGAUCACACUUAACUCCCAUGAUGCAGCUGUAGUGUGUUCAGGUUCUGCACUAAUGUGUUGUUGUCAGCUGGCAGCACCGAGGGGUUCAACUCCCUGUUCUCAUUUCAGUUGUGAAAAAUCACCUGAGUACUACAACUCGGUACAUUUCCCAAUGUACAUAAUGUCAAAGAUUUCAAAUAAUUCACAGGGCAGCAGAAAUAAUUCUGGACUACUUUUUUGGCAAGCCAGAUUCAUUACAGGCUGAAGCGAGUAGAUUGAUUGCAAUAGGUUAUACCUUGAGACUGCAGCUUAAGAUAUUGAGUCGUUCUCAAUAAAUCACUGCUUCAAAUGAGUGCCCUGUGGUUGAUUUUAUUUUGUUGUUAAAUGGAAGAAUCUUAAAUAUGAUGCUCCUGGUGCUCUUGCUUUACUUUACAUGAGAAUUGUUUAUCACAGUUUGUGGCACUUAAGGACAUCUUGUACAUAACGGUGAAAUUGCGCAGAAUCUAGGUGUGUUCUUGAGGCUUUUUCUAAUUAUUUUCUAAUGUUUUUUGCAAACGCUUUUGUAAGUUGCAUACAGAGAUACUUCACAUGUUCACUUUGGAGAGUACAGAAUGGUUUGGAACUGGGUGAAAGCCCAUAGUUAGUGUUUGAAAAGCGCCACAAUGUUUUGCAACACGGAUCUUUAUUGUUGAGCGGAACAGACAAUAAAAUGGAAAUAAUGAAGCACAGUUAUGAUUUGUAUUUCACUGUCAGAAGGUCAAGAGUUGUUAUUGCGCCAUAACAUGCUGGAUAGUUGAUCUUGAGAUUGCUCUGAAUAAUUUGUUUUACAGACAGAUUCAACGCAAGGUCAGUUAUGUUGAAGACGUAGGCCUGAUGUCUUUCGUUUGGCCUCUCACCAUGUCCAGAAUCAACUGCAGAGCACUUCAUGUGCAGUGCAGGUGUGUGUGUGCUUGAAUGUGGGGUGGAGCGUGUGCGUACGUGCGUGUGUGUGUGUGUGUGUGUGUGUGUGUGUCUUUGUUGUUUUUCCUAAGUGUACAGAAUAGAACAUGACCAAUGUAAUAUUUAUUUAAAUAUAUAAGUUAGCUGUUAAUAUCUCCUAAUAUGGUGCUUUCAUAAAUUAAUAUAUGUAUUGAUUGUACACAAGUGAUUUUACUGUUUUUUAACAAAGGAAAGUGAAAGACAAUUCUGUACUUUUUGGAAAAACAUGAAGUUGAAAUCUAAUCAGUUUCAGGAAAUUCCAUCCUAAUUUUUGGGAAUCAGUUGGUCUUUUAUAUAUAUUAAUAGGAAAAAAAAGCUGUUCUGCUGUAAGAAUGUAAAAAUGUACAUAUUAAAUCGUAUUUGCUAAAAAAAGAAAAAAA